UUAUAACUAUACAUAUCCGAUAAUUAUAUCUGGAUCGUUCGCCAGAACGUAAUUAUGGAUUGUAAGCAUUUUGUAAGCAAUUUAUUGUGACCAAAGGGGAAAAAGUUACGAUGUACACAAUAUCCCCAUUUACUGUGCUGAGCAUGUGGAACUGCGCAUGCGUGGCCUGAAACGUCACGCCAGCGCCAAAUAAUCCAUGCAGCGACGGAGCGAAUAGCCUAAUACCUUUUAUAAAAGUCAAAUGAAUGUAAUAAUUAUGAUAUGUUCUAUCAUGCAUCAUAGCUGAUAGCUAAACACUGUUUAUUUACCAUGCCAAAAUCAAACAAAAAAUCUAGCGUACAGUCAAAGUCUUCUAUUAGCAGAUUCUUUAGUGGAUUUAAGAAGAAAACAGAAGGGGAUGGAUCUGCAGAAGAUGCACGCAGGUCACACGGCUUUGCCGCUAAGCACUUCGGAGGCAAGGGGAUGAAGAAGAAACUGUGUGAGGAUGAGGGUGGAUCCCAAAUAAAACGGUUUCGGAUUUCCCAUGAUUGGGAAAAGGACAACGCAGUCUGCAGUGACAGAGUUGAAGGUGAUGGACAAGUCAACUCUAGAAGCAGUUUGUCGUCUGCCACCAUGCACCGGCUCAGAAGCUUCCGGUGCCCUGGAGAAGCAGAGGACAACAGAAGCCCGCGGCUGAUGGUGAGAGGUAGUGGGACUGAGAGCCAUAACGUGGGACAUACAGAGGGACCAUCUAACAGUGUCGGAUGUAAGCCAGAGGAACAGGAGACGAGUCUGGGUGUAUCGCCUAAAACUCAGGGCUUUACCCUGAGUCGCUUUGCCAGCUCGAGCAGUGGAGGUACCGUAGCGACAAGCACUGCUCAGAAAAAUUCCAGCGACAGCAGUGGCAUCAACAGGAGAACCAAAAGCAUCUACACUCCUCUGGAGCAACAAUUCAUGGACAUCAAGGAGCAGCACAAAGACGUCCUCCUGUGUGUUGAAUGUGGCUAUAAGUACAGGUUCUUUGGGGAAGAUGCAGAGAUUGCAGCAAGGGAACUGAACAUUUUCUGCCACAUGGAUCAUAACUUCAUGACGGCCAGUAUCCCCACACACCGUCUGUUUGUUCACGUUCGGCGUCUGGUCUCCCAGGGUUACAAGGUGGGCGUGGUGAAGCAGACAGAGACCACUGCACUGAAGGCCUCGGGGGCUAACAGGAGCUGCCUGUUCACACGCCAGCUCAGCGCCCUCUACACCAAGUCCACCCUGGUUGGGGAAGAUAUGAACCCACUGCUGAAGCCAGGAGACCUGGAGGAAGCUGCAGAUGUGGUCGAUACCCCUAACAGCUACCUGAUGUGUGUGAGUGAGAGCUGGGACAGUCUGAAGAAGGAGUUGACAGUGGGGCUUGUGGCAGUGCAACCCUGCACAGGAGAUGUGAUGCUGGACUGUUUCCCUGACGGGCCCUCCCGUGCGGAACUGGAAAGCCGCGUGAUGCGUGUCCAGCCCGUGGAGGUCCUACUACCUACUGACGUCUCUGAAGAGACAGAGCGUUUGCUGUGGGGAAUUGCAUCGGCCAGUGUACAGGCUGAUGACCGAAUUCGUAUCGAAAGGCGAGAUUGCUCCCAGUUUGAGUUCUCCAGUGCCCUGCAGACUAUUACAGAUUUUUACUCAAACUCGUCUUGUCAAGAAUCAGAGAUAAAUGAAGAAUCCCAGUCUUUUUCCAGUGUGAUUGGCAUGGAAACUCCCGUGAUCUGUUGCCUUGGCCCAGUGAUCCAGUACCUGACUGAGUUUAACCUGGAAAGAGUACUGCUCUCUGCCAGCUCUUUCCGGAGGCUUUCCUGUGCAGAUGACUGUAUGAUGCUUAGUGCUUCCACCAUGAGGAACCUGGAAGUUCUGUGCAACCAGACUGAUGGUAGGAUCAGGGGGAGCCUGUUGUGGGUGCUGGAUCACACCCAGACACCAUUCGGGAAGAGAUUGCUCAAGAAAUGGGUGACCCAGCCUCUGAAGUCCACAGCAGAAAUCCGGGAACGUCAGGAGGCUGUGGCUGAGAUCCUGUCUUCCGAUUCCAGCGUGCUCCUCAAUGUCCAAGCCCUCCUGAAGCGACUGCCUGACCUAGAGAGAGGCAUCUGCAGCAUUUACCACAAGAAGUGUUCCACUCAGGAGUUCUACCUCAUUACGAGCACUCUGUCACGAUUGGCGGCGGAGUUCCGGGCACUUGUUCCCGCUGUCCAAUCCCAGUUGAGCAGUACUCUCCUGAAGGACCUCCUCCUGCAUGUACCCCAGAUGCUUGCUCCUGCUCAGCAGUUUCUGAAUGUUCUCAACGAGAAAGCAGCCAAGGCAGGUGAAAAGACCCAGAUUUUUUCUGACCUGACUGGCUUCCCUGUUAUAUUGGAGAGGAAUCAAGAGAUCCAGUCAGUUCUGUCUGAAAUACUAGAACACAAGCGAGAAGUUCGGUUGGUCCUGAAGAACCCUUCCCUGGAUUACGUGACAGUGUCUGGUCAAGAGUUUCUCAUUGAGGUGAAGAAUUCUGUGGUAUCUGCAGUUCCACAGGACUGGGUGAAAGUCAGCAGCACAAAGACUGUGUCCCGCUUCCAUACGCCAUUUAUCGUCGAGAGACACCGGCAUCUUCUGCAGCUACGGGAGCAGCUGGGAAUUGACUGCAGCCGAGAGUGGAUCAGUUUCCUUCAUCAGUUUGGAGAACACUAUCACGUCAUGAAGAAAGCUGUUUAUCACCUGGCAACGGUCGACUGCUUCUUCUCAUUAGCUGAUGUUGCUAAACAGGGCAAUUACUGCAGGCCAUUGGUUCUUGAAGGGGACAGGCAGAUUGUAAUAAAGGAGGGGAGGCACCCUGUCAUUGAUGUGCUGAUAGGUGAGCACAAGCAGUAUGUGCCCAACGACACACAUCUGCAGGGAAAUGGCAAGCGGGUCAUGAUCAUCUCUGGGCCAAAUAUGGGCGGAAAGAGCUCUUACAUCCGGCAGGUGGCCCUCAUCGCUAUCAUGGCCCAGUUAGGCUCCUUUGUGCCGGCACAAGAAGUCACAGUCAGUGUUCUGGAUGGCAUCUAUACCAGGAUGGGUGCCUCGGACAACAUAUCUCGGGGUAGGAGCACAUUCAUGGAGGAGCUGCUGGAGGCUUCGGAGAUCAUGGCACGGGCCACGCCAAACUCCUUGGUCAUCCUGGAUGAGUUGGGGAGAGGCACUAGCACCCAUGACGGCAUUGCCAUUGCCUACGCUGCCCUGGAGUUCUUCAUUAGGGAUGUGAAGUCUCUGACGCUCUUCGUAACCCACUAUCUCCCGCUGUGUGAGCUUGAGAAAACCUUCCCGCAGCAUGUUGAGAACUACCACAUGGCCUUCCUGUUGAACGAGCCGGAUGAACACGAUCUUCAGGAGGUGCAGCCAGAGUUUAUCACGUUCCUCUACCAGCUGACCGAAGGUGCAGCCGCUAGGAGCUACGGGCUUAACGUGGCCCGGCUGGCUGAGAUCCCUGAUUCCAUCCUCAGAACUGCUGCACUUAAAUCCAAGGAGCUGGAGGCUACUGUCGAUGCCAGGAGAAAUAUCAAGCUUUUCACUGAUGCCUGGGAAAUUAUAGAUAAGAAGAACUUGAUGGACUGGAUACAGUUGCAUUCCUGAAUUCCACCUAAUAGAUCACAACUCACAAGAGGUCAAACCUAUAAGCAGAUAUCACAAUUUCACCAGGAAUGCGAUUUAGGUUGACAGGUUGCUGAAUAGACAAAAAAUAUGAUAUUUAUAAAAUCUUGUUGUUUUUAGGGCUAAGCUUCCCCAUGUUGUGGCCACGUAUUGAAAGUUUCUGCAAUAAUGUAUAGAAUAUUAACUGUAAAAACUGACUGAAGGCAGCAGACAGAAAAUAAUUCAUUGUACUGUAGGUUUAAAAAUAUUGCAGUCAUCUUCUAGACAGCGACUUUGUGGCUCAAAAAACGACCUUUUAAUUUUUUUUUGGAGGUCCUAACUGCUACGAUUACUCAGACAAAUCAAGGUCAUGUUUACGAAUCACCAGAUUCCUUCCAAGUUCCUCAGGAAACAUGAAGCACUGAAGACAGAUUGAAAACGUUAGAAAGGAAAAUGGCAUGUGGAUGACUUGGAAAAGUGAAAAUGGGUAAACAAGGUGGAGGAUGUCAUUUGAUUAAUAAAUUGUUUGAAUAGUA